CAGGCACAGGUCAACGCCCGCAUCACGACCAUCCAAACGCACACCCCUCCUCGCCCACCCUCUCUCCCGGCUCGCUUUUUCUUGGGGCGGGAUGGCGCGUCUCAACACCCACCCCUCUGCUACGCCACAAACACGCGCUUCCACCGUCGACUCUCUGUACCGCGACCCCUCCGUAGCGCCCCGAACCGACGGCAAUGCGCGCACUUCGUCCUAUUCGGUCCUCAGCCCGACACGCUCAAUGAACUCGGACAAAGAGAAUGAGCAGCCUGAGACACGCGACAACACCCCGCGGCGAGGCAAGGCCAGUGGCCUGCGGAGCGCAUCGGUGCGUAUGCCGACACCCGACUCUGGCUCAACAUCUGGAAACGGCGGUAAGAGGAGGAGAACCGACAACUACAACAUGGCCGACUCACAAAGUCACGAGCAUGCACACGGCAACCAAGAUGAGGAACAGGAAGACGAAGACGACGACGAACAAGCGGAAACGCCCUCACAGCUGCCCGAGCCAGACGAGGAGGGCGACCUCAAGUUUUACAACCCCAAUCAAGACCCAGAGGCGCGAAGGAGGCUACGUGCAAACAUGCGUGAACACCAGCGCAUGCUAGAUGAUAAUCGCGAUGACCUCGUCAAAUCACACGACAGCGGACUGCUCGAUGCACUCAAGACACAAAACAGUUUGUUCGGCAAAGUGCGACAAACAGCUGAUGCUACUGUCGACUCUCGCUUCUUAGUCAACGCCAGUGACCUCGCAGGCAAGAAGCUCAACAACAGCUUGGGCAACUCUGGGGUGGGCGUUGAUCUCGAUCAGUUCAUCUCCAAGUGCAUUUACUUCAUGAAAUCUGGCGGCCACAUUGCAGGCGAGGAAGACGCACCAGCAGUACCCGUAGGCGACAACGACGAUGAAGACCCAGAUGGUCUUGACUGGGCAUUACUCGGUCGGCAAGCAUGUUUCCCCUGCAACAAGCGACCGCCAACGUCAAGUUUCCUACUUGGUCCCUUGUCAGUACAAAAGCGCGUUCGUGCAACCCAACGAAGAGCCCGAUCUCAACGACAACCGGUCGGCCCGGCAACUCGACCAGAAGAGAUUCUGAACGAGGACACGCAGCAGAGCAAUAAAGACACUCAACUGACCUUGGUCAAAGCCAUCAGGAAACACUUGGUAGAUCACAUCACCGCCGUGGAACCUUUGGUUGAACAAGAACUCGAGGAAAUACAAGGCGAAAUCACGGAAGAAGAUCAAUUUGCUGCUCUGAGACGCCAUAGAUUAGCAAUGACGGUUGAAGGAACGUCCGCAGUUAGUCUACUAGACUUCGCUAUCAAUCCCCACGACUUUGCGCAGACGGUAGAGAAUCUCUUCUAUAUUAGUUUCUUAGUGAGGGAGGGCAAUGCCGCGAUUAUCAAAGAUGCCCACGGGCUUCCGCUCCUGCAACCAGCAGACCCUAGCGCCGUCUCGGAACACCGAGAGAGGGACGUCCAAAAGCAUCAAGCCAUCUUCAGCAUCGACUUCCCUACGUGGCGAAUGUUCAUUGAAGCAUACGAUAUCACGACACCGCUCAUUCCACAACGUCAAGUGGAAGAUUCAACCGUCGCCGCCAGCGGUUGGUACACCGGAUAAGUCUUGGUCGCAUAGUAUCUUUUAGUGUUCGUUUUGCUUCCACACUCUAUCUUCCACUCGUACAGAUACCACAUGCUCUUCCAAGUGGGUUAAGUUUCGGUAUCUUCUCCUUUCCCUACCACCCGUCUCUACGUCAUCUUUUCUGAGCGGCGUUCGAAUAAGUCAGUCAUAGACACGAUGUAUGAUUGAGGGUGAUACCCAUGCUGCAAACUUUGGUUUUUUCAUCUUUUUUGCCGUGCUUCGGCGGCAUCUCUAUUUACUCUAAGUUUUCGCACAUGAUACCCCAAGAUUUUUGUUGGAUGUUCAAGAGGCGUCAGUAGUUGAAUUUAACUUGGCGCUUUCCGCAUCCCCUGUAUGGAACUUAAAAGAUGAAACUAAGACCAGAAGUUAAGCUUAUUAUGCUUUCCAUCUCGAC